AAAUCAUAAUGUGUAGUCUUACUCGUAGAUGUUUAGAGAAGACUAAAGAUUGUGUAAACAUGGUUUACUGUAUUAUGAUUUGGGUUUUAAGUGACUUAUGGGUAUGUGAAUAUGCUAUAUAUAUUACAGAGAAAGUAUGUUGUUCCCUUAAAAUCUAAGGCAUGAAUUGUUUAAAAAAAAAAUCUGUUUGCAGUACAUGGUUCUCUUUAAACUGACUUCACUUGCAGCACUGGCAAUUGAGGAGCAAAACUUAACACUGAGACACUAGCGUUAGUGUUGUUAGCAAAACUAGUUGAAGAUAUUUCUGCUCUUUUCCUGGGAUGCGCUAUCCCACCACUUGAUUUGAUGCAACUACUUGGUAGGCUGUGCUGUGAAUCAGAUCAACUCCCUGAUUUCAUCUAUGAUGUUGACCCCCAGGCAGUUCUUUGGGUGUAAUGGAGAUGACAGCAGCUUCAGUAUAGAGGUGAAAACAACUGGGGCGGAACAGUUUGUACCAUGCUGAACAAUUUGUAUAGUGAAAAUGCAGCCUUAGCAAGAUCAUGCUGUUUCAGUUCCAGCUUUCAAAAGCAGGAAAACUUAGAAUAUAACACUAAUGAAUUUCUGACCGUAACUGUUUACCUCUCAGUGAAGUUCCUGUGGCUAUCUGACUAGAUCAUCUUGUGACGUUUCAUCUAAAAUAUAGAAAACCAUAGCCUAGGAUAUUGGAAAAAAUGGGAAUCAUUGUCUUAAAUCUCCAGGUGCUGGACUGUAACUAAAGUAUUUACUCAAAGGUAGGGGAACUGCUCUUAAAGCAGGAGAAGUUUUGAGGUGAUAAAGUAGAGAAAUGAGUGUAUAAGCCGGAUCUGAGGUGAGGUGGAGGGAACAUCCACUCACAAGUCAGAGCUCUUGCAUUAGACUUUUAUACAGGCAUCAUUACAGCUCUCAUUUACUUCAAUAAGAUAACUGAAGUUUUGGAUUGUUCCCAGAAAAACUUUAGUUAUGCUUUUGCUGAAAGCUUUGAACAUUGUGCUGAGCAAGAUGAAGAAUAUGCAGAUUUUGUAAAAUCUGCUGAAGCUUGUUCAAGAGGGCGUUGAAAGGAUUUUCUGCCCUUUUGAAGGGGAGAAGGAUGAAAUUGUGGUUAGAGCAGUGGACUGUGACUUGCUGUGCCUAACUUGAGGUGUGAGUCGCUAACUGAGGGACCUUGGGCAGGUUGAUCUGCUUUGACUUCUUACUCAGAAAAAAUGUUCACCCUUUUAGUAUCUACAGCUACCUUCCUGCAGAGGUUGUGAAUGUAUAUUCAUUAGCAUCUUGGGACCACAAAUACUAUUUUGAUGUGGAAUUUCAUAGUGCUGUGUGUGUUGGAUGGCAAUAAAGAAUUAUGAGAUAAAUAUUUAUGCUAGAUCUGUUUAAAGACCGUACAGGCAUGCUCCAGCUUUUCUGUGUAAGUUGUGGCUUUGACUUCUUGUGUGAUUCAGUGUGGGGCUUUUAGUGGUUUUGUCAAGGGGGUGAUGUUAAGAUUUCCUUGGGCUGAGGCCUUUGACUUCAGUAGUGUUGUAUCUUAUGGUUGUUGGGGCAUAGGGGUAUGUACUUGCUGCUCUCAAAAUAUAGCCCAAAGGCUAGAAUGGGUCACAUCUUCAGGAGUGGAAUAACACUUCAACUCACUUCCAGAAUUUGGGACUGCUCUUCUGUGUUAAAGUGGCUGCUGUAGUAGGUGCUUUAGUGAAACAAUAAUAGGAUAUAAAAUUAAGGAUUGAACUGUAUAGCCUCAUCUUUCCUAGCAGCUUUUCUUUGUUUCUCUCAUUCCUGGCUUCUCCUUGAGACUUGACACCCUGUAUAAAACUAUGUGGGGUCCAAAUGCACUUCCUCUUAAGUCCUCAGAUGGAGUGAAUGCCCCUGUGAAAGUGUACUCUGAAUCGUGAGACAAGUUACUGUGGAAGAGUUGGAACCACUGCAGGUCAUGUGUGCAGGGCUCUUGUACCCUGUGACUAUCCUUCUUUUGCAAAGGUUUGAGAAAGCUAGUCCUUGUGUAAUUGGUGUUAAACCAAGUUACCAUUCAAGAGUUAGAACUGCUGCUUCUGAUUUCCUUAAAAAGAAAUAAAGUAUACCUAUACUCACAUCUAAAAGAAGCGCUUGCCAGCCUAUGCUUGUGAAAGCUAACAAACUCUAAGCAAAGGAUCUUUGUGUGUUCUAAAAUCAUCUUCCUAGAUUUGCAGAAAAAUGUUUUCUUCAGUAAUGUCAUUUUUUUCUAAAACAUAGGACGUGUAAAAGGUGAAGUCAUACAUUCCAUUCACUGUAAUUUAGGUUAAUUACUAUAAAUUUCUAGUAAUUUGGUAUUAUUUCAGUGCUUUUUAUAUCCUGCAGAUGGAGCCAUCUGAAACUUGUAUAUAUAUAUGGUGGGUUAAAUUAGCAUGUAUGUAUGUGAUGGCUUCAACAAAAACUGCUCAUCAUUACUGCCUUGCUUGGAAGCUUUUCCAAACACAUGGAAUGGCUCCUCUGUGAGGAACAGCUAAGGUGGGACUUGUCAAUUUGGCGAAGGGAUGACAUGGCAGGGAGGCAUGUGAUAGAGGCCUACGAAGUAAUGACAGAUGUGGGUAGAGAUUGAUAAUUCAUCAUCUCUUCCAAUACUUGAACUAAGGGGCAUAAAGCAAAGCUAGUAGGAACUGAAUUUAAGCAAAAUGAAGUCCCAUCACCGCCCCGGUGUAAUCGAUAGUAGACCUGCGGAACUAACUGUGAAAAGGUAUUGUGGAUGCUGAAAAACUACACGAAUUCUAAGGGAGUCUGGAUAAAUUCAUGAAAGAUAAAUCAGGUGCCAUUUACUAAAUAAAGAAAAUCACAUCUGGCCUAGGAAGUUCCUCAAAAGGGAAAUGGGAGAGCAUUUGGGAUAUAUAGUAUGUUCUCCACUGUUAGAGAUCAGGAUACUGGUGGAAAUGGAUCUUACUUGUAACCCAGUAGAGCUUCGCAGUUCAUUUCUAAUCCUGAUUGUAAUCUGUUUGUAAUAUGAAGAUGAAACUGUUAGCCCACCAGACUUGGGAGAGAGGAAGAAGACGGAUCACUACCUGUCCACUCUCUUUCCAGGCACUUGGCACUCUCUUCCUUUCCCCUCUCAAUUCUUAAUUUAUAAAAACAUUUUUUAGUUUGGCAGGGGGGAAGACGGUAAAGGGGAGGUCGCUGAAACAGCACAUGCGUCUUUUUUACAAUUAUGGACAAGACCACUGAAGGCACGUUUCUCAUAUAUGCGGAUGAAGUAUCUCUUUAUCUCUUGGUUAGUAGUUUUUAUUGGCAGCUGGAUUAUGUAUGUUCAGUAUUCCACCUACACAGAGCUAUGCAGAGGACAUGACUGUAGGAAAAUAAUAUGUGAUAAAUACAAGACUGGAGUUAUUGAUGGGUCAGCAUGUAGCAGUCUUUGUGCGAAAGAAACAUUGUAUUUUGGAAAAUGCUUGUCAACAAAGCCCAAUAACCAGAUGUAUUUAGGAAUUUGGGGAAAUCUGCAAGGUGUUAUAAAAUGCCAGAUGGAAGAAGCUACUCAACUUGAUUUUGGUACUGAUCCAGAACCAAGAAAGGAAAUAGUCCUAUUUGAUAAACCAACUAGAGGAACCACUGUUCAGAAAUUCAAAGAAAUGGUAUAUGGUCUUUUUAAAGCAAAAUUGGGUGAACAAGGAAAUCUUUCAGAAUUGGUUAAUCUCAUCCUAUCUUUUGCUGAUGGAAACAAAGAUGGUAGAGUUUCUUUGCCAGAGGCGAAGUCUGCAUGGGCACUUCUGCAGCUAGAUGAGUUUCUAUUAAUGGUCAUCUUGCAGGAUAAAGAACACACCCCCAAACUGAUGGGUUUCUGUGGGGAUCUCUACGUGAUGGAAAGAGUUGAAUAUACCUCUCUCUAUGGAAUUAGCCUUCCAUGGAUCAUAGAACUCUUCAUUCCCUCUGGCUUCAGAAGAAGCAUGGACCAGUGGUUUACUCCAUCAUGGCCAAGAAGGGCAAAAAUAGCUAUAGGGCUUUUAGAAUUUGUGGAAGAUAUUUUCCAUGGACCUUAUGGGAAUUUUCUUAUGUGUGAUACAAGUGCCAAAAAUUUGGGCUAUAAUGACAAAUAUGAUUUGAAAAUGAUGGACAUGAGAAAAAUUGUGCCAGAAAUUAAUUUGAAAGAAAUAAUUAAAGAUCGUCAGUGUGACUCAGACUUGGACUGUGUUUAUGGUACAGACUGUAGAACUCUAUGUGACCAAAGUAAAAUGAGAUGUACCACUGAAGUCAUCCAGCCAAAUCUGGCAAAAGCCUGCCAGUUACUGAAAGACUAUCUGCUUCGUGGUGCUCCUUCGGAUAUCCAUGAAGAACUAGAGAAACAACUGUAUUUGUGUAUUGCCCUUAAAGUCACAGCAAAUCAGAUGGAAAUGGAGCAUUCUUUAAUACUCAAUAACUUAAAGACUUUACUGUGGAAGAAAAUUUCCCAUACAAAUGAUUCGUAAUUUCUCUGCCCACAGGAGGUAAUAUUGGUGCCACUAGAGGUGGCUUACCACAUGUGAUAAAAAGUAUCCACAGCAUUUUUUUAAAAGACAUUUCCUUACUCGUAUUUCAUUAAUGCCUCUGAAACUCUGUCAUGUCAGUACCCUGUGACAGGGCUUCUCAAAGAAUGAACAUGCCACUGAAUGAGCUGGUCAGAGGCCAAAAGCACCUUCUGGUGUUCCAGUGUUGUGUUACGGACAUAGAAACAACCCUGCAUGCUUGACUGUUCUGUGCACUUUGUCAGAUCUUGAACAGGAUGAAAGUAUUCACUGUGCUACCACAUCAACUAACGUAACUUCUUACAAUUCUGUGAAAAUCAUCACUCACUUGUGAAAUAUUGGCAAAAGUGUUUUAUCCCAAGUAGUUUUAUGAAGAACCACCACUACUGCAAACAAAUGUGGCUGCAUCCAAGCUGCUGUUGUGAAUAAACUGAACUGUGAGGUCGAAGUUUACUAAUACCUUGGCAUGGCAGAAUUUGCACAUUAAUAGAUAAUUUUUAAACUGUUUGGAAAAUUAAGAUUUUAUUCUAGAACCUACAGGUUUUAAUACGAGAGACUCUUAGUUAGAUUCUGUUUACACCUUGUUACCUCAUGCUUCCAUCUUGAAUGUUUAAGUAGCUCAACAUUUUUAAUUAAAAGUCUUGAUAUCAUGUACCAUGUCGGGAGCCAAGAAUUUUGAAAUAUGUUAUUUCUUAAAAGGAUGUGGAUACUCUAGCAGCAAUAUAGAUAGCGCUUUUGAAAGCAGAGGCUAUUGUGCUUCGGUCAACAUAUUUAACCCAAGAUAAGCUGUAGAAGAUCUUGAAGGCUUGAGUUAGUGGACUAACCUAUUCCAUAAUGAGAAUGGAAGGUAACUUUUUAAUACUGAUAGCAGAAAGUUGAGAACCCUCAGAAGAGGGAAAUUCCACAGUAGGAAUCCAGUAUAUGACUACAGCAUGCUACAGCUGUAGACAGUCUUGAUUCUUUAAUCUCCAUACAAAUUGAGCUACAGACUUGUACUUAAAUCCUCCUGAUCUAUUGCAGCAACCAUCUAAGCCAGACCUAGACCUAAACUGUAGGACAGAUGUUGGAUUGAUCAAUAUCAUGGGAUAUUACUUGGACUAAAGGGAGACCUAAGUGGGAUAGUAACAGCUAGGAACUACACAAAACAUAAAGCAACGAUACUCUCUUCAGCAUGUUACUAUUCUCUUUCCUGGUAGGGAAGGAGUUGAUAAGUCUCAAGUCAUGAGUAAGUUAACACUCAUAAUGUGUCACUCACAAUGGCAUGAUCACUGUACAACUUCUAAUUUGCAUCCCUGCUGUUGCUCAGACUUAAAUCUGUCUUCCCAAUUGUGUAGAAUGGGAUGUGCAUAAAAUGCUUAAACUCUGCCCAAUACUUAUCUGUUAAUGUUUAAUUUAUAAAUGCUUUAGGUAUGAAGUACUGAAAUCCUUGGUGAUUUUAAGGAGGCAGUCACCCAUAUACCUCUACAUACCUGACCCCUUAAUUCAUUUUCAACAUAGGUAAGAAGAACAAGCUUUAAAUAUUUGAAAGGGUUUCUUUAACUGCUUUGGAUGUCCUGUAUUAAGUGCAUUCCUUAAAUGAUUAAACCUGAGUACAAAAAUAUCAUCAAUAGACAGGUGACAGCAAAUCUCUCUCACCAUAUCACAUGUAAUAGUAAGCAGCUUGGGUUAAGUGUGCUGUUUUGUAAACAUCAACUUUUUAGUUUAAGAAUUACUGUUAACUAUUGUCUCUAACUUGAUAGUGUCCUCCAGCUAGGAGCUAAUAAUUAUCUGUAACCAGCAAAGAACUUAAAGGGGUAAUUUUCUUGGUGAAACAUAGGAAUGUAAUAUUUCUAGAUUCUAGGCAGAAAAGACUAUCAAAUCCAAAAUACAAUUGGGGAUUUUAAACAGCUUCUUGGAAUAACUGGAAAACAUGUUUAAUAGUACAGUUUGUACAGAACCUUAAUUUUUAUUGCUGUUGAAUCAAGUUGAGACUUUCAUUGAAAAAUAUACUUUUGUUUACAAUAAAUCAAAGGUGUCCUUUCUCUUUCAAUAGCAGUACUCACCACAUCGUCUAUCUAUCAGUAUCUUAAAACAUUCAUCCACAUAGCCUACUUGACUCCUGCUCUAAGUGUGCAAAUAACUUCAGUGAACGUAAUGGGAAAUAAAUAGCAUGCCUCCAUGAAAUUGAGGUAUGGCAGAAACAAAGGGUAGGGGCAAGCCCAGGCCUCUCUAAAUAAGAAAGCAUAUGCAACUUAAAAGUAAAUUCCCUUUUGGCUAGGCACUAAAUAACAUAAAACACUUAAGGAUAGUGCAUCUUUCAGCAGCAGCCAGAGUUGGAGCCAAGUGCUAAAGUACCAACUUCAGUUACUGAAGACAGCUUCAGUUCUCC